UUGUAAGCACUAAGGCAUUUACACAGUGCUAAGAUUUCAUAAAUUAGACAGUGAAGGCAGGUGUUUUAUUUACCAUCAUGCAAAAUCUGCCCAUGGAUCUAAUCAAGGAUGUCGACUACCAUGUGUAGAAUAACAACAAUAUUGAAACUGAGGAAGAAUUGGAUGUUGACUUUGAAAUAAAGGAAUUAUAAUUUUCUAAUUUGCUCAGGAAUUAGCUAUCUACUUAAAUGGAACAGACUCUGAUGUCUAGCCCUCUGGGGCAUUCAGAGUGGGAUCCAGAACGCAUACCCUCCCAUGGAUUCCUCCUCAUGGAUUCAGACAAAGGAGCCAUACUGCCUCAGAGAGAAAGUGGUCAGACAGGUUUGGAUUUCCAGAAAGUCGACCAGGGUGUAUCUCUAAGCCUGGAAGAGCUUUUUCAGGAGAACGCCUUAAAUUUAGACAGCCUUUUCAGGACCUCCAGUUACUCUGGUGGAGAUCAGAUCUUGCCAUGGAAGGGAUAUCAAUCUAAUCAUUCCCAAGAUGUUCCCCUGGGUAAACCUGCAGAGGUAUCGCCUCUCAAAUACAAAAUUGAGGAACAUAACAAUGUCAGUGACAGUCCUCUACCUGGGCUGUUAUUCUCCAAAAUGGCUAAUUUGUUCAGGGACAACUCAGCCUGCGAGGAACAAAAUCCACCUGUGGGUGACAGAGACCCUGUUACCUGUCACAGGGAGCUGAUAACACUCAGUAAACCUCCUUCUACUGUGAAGGUUUCAGAUAGGACUCCGGAUACCAACGCUGAGGCUUCCUCUUUAUUGGUAGAUCACCUCUCAUCUGAACACUCCCCUUUUUCCCCCGGCCCUGCUCCUUCAGGUGAGGUAAACCCACAGGGUGUCAGUGAGAAGCUUUUAUUCCCGUCAAUGGAUGAGGACAGAGGCCUCCCUCCUCCCUUGCAGGGUGGGGAGUCUGUGCCACCUGAAACCGGGGACAAAGGUUUAUUCCUGGGACCUGUGACUGAUCUGCCCACGGUCAGUAACAUUACCGCAGAAGGUUUACCUGAGAGCAGCCUCUCACAAAACGCCAUCCCUUUUGAUUGCCCUAGCCUAUUGCCAGAGGUUCAGGUGGGAUCUGUGCCUUUGCUGGAUCUGGAGGUUCCCGACUGUGGCCUCAGCCUCUGCCCUACUCAUCUCGACUCACCUACCUGCACAGGUGCUACAUCAGAUUCACCUGCAGAGGAUUCAGAGCAGGAACACACGCUAGCUACUGCAAUCCUGACUCUCUCGGACCACAUAGGUGAGGGGGACUCGUCCCUCUUUCUGAACUCCUCACCAUUGAUUGAACCCCUGUCACCAAAAGUCCUCUCCGACAGAGAUGCUUCGAUCCUGGGUCACCUGCCCAGUGGCUGCAGCUCGGAGGAGAAUGGCCCCCAGGAUUUGAUGGAAGACAAAGUGAUCUUUGAUGUUACCAAACAUGAGGGAGAGGAGGAAAUGGCUCUGGAUCAGUGCAUUACCUCAGAUGCGCUGCGCGAUGAGGAAACUUGGCACUUGAAACCACCCGAGGCUAUACAGGGUGACUGUAUUCCUGCUUUACAAACUGAACAGAGUGAUGGGGAAAGGUUGGCAGACUUGGACCUGUUUGCCGGACCCACGGAUUGUCACAAACGGGAUAGUUUUGAUUACCCUGUUCUGGAGUUGAAUGGUUCGUCUUCUGAGUCUGGAUGGACUAGUGAACAAGCAGUGGAGAAUCUGUCACUCUCUAAGAUGGUGGGGUCUGACUCCAUGCCCGUGGUUCCCAUAGUGAAUCGGAGAGAGAAAGACCCGUCACCUCUGAUGGCCGUGUUUGACGCUCUGGACCAGGAUGGGGAUGGAUUUGUACGCAUUGAGGAGUUUAUGGAGUUUGCUGCUGCCUAUGGGGCUGACCAGGUGAAGGAUCUGACCAAGUUCCUGGAUCCUAGUGGGCUGGGGGUGAUCAGCUUCGAGGACUUCCAUCGAGGAAUCACGGCCAUCAGCAAUGGAAGUACAGAGCCCCAGCUCUACGAUGUGCACUUCAGCCCAGGGGACGGAGCAGUGGGCUGCCCAGAGGAGUACGAUGAGCAGAACGAGGUGACGGAUAGUGCCUACCUGGGCUCGGAGAGCACCUACAGCGAGUGUGAGAUGUUCACCGACGAAGACACGGGAGCCCUAGUCCAGCCAGAGAUGCACGAGGAUGUGGAGACGGACAGCGGCAUCGACGCAACGCUGCACGACCCCGAGGACAGCAGCAACAGGUUCUCCUUAAGCUCAGAGCUGCACAGCCACUCCAUGGUGACAGUGAUCGGCAGGGAGGAGGAGGAGCACUUUGAGGACUUUGGGGAGAGCAACACCUCGGAGCUGCUGCUGGACACCACUGAGGAGGGGACAGAGGGAGAGGGGGACUCGUCCCACCUCCAGACUCUGGACCAGAACAACUGCUCCUCCCUGCUACUCUCUCCCAGCGCCCCCACUACUCUCCCCGCCAGCUUUCAGAGCUUCCUCAGGGAGGAGGCACUGGACUUUUUCUGUAACCAAUGUCACAAACAAAUCUCUCGCCUGGAGGACCUCUCCACUCGCCUCAAUUUCCUAGAGAUAAAUAGCUCCAGCAAGAGGCUGUCCAGCAAGAAAGCAGCACGCAUAUUUCCUCUCCGGUGUUUCAGACACCUCCGGAACAGCUCCAUGACGCUGGGCAGCAUGGGCGAGCUGUCCCGGGACAUACUGGACCUGGCCGACACCGACAUCACUGACAAGGUGCUCCUGCUGGAGCGUCGCGCGGCAGAGCUGGAGAAGGACUCCGAGGCCAGCGGGGAGCAGCACACACGGCUCCGCCAGGAGAACCUGCAGCUGGUGCACCGGGCCAACGCCCUGGAGGAGCAGCUCAAGGAGCAGGAGCUCCGCGCCGAGGACCACCUGCACCAGGAGACCCGCCGCCACAAGGACGCCCUCACCAAGCUGGAGCGGGAGAGGGACCUGGAGCUGGAGAACUUGCAAGCUAGGCUGCAGCAGCUGGAUGAGGAGAACAGUGAGCUGAGGUCCUGUGUGCCCUGUUACCGUGCCAACAUUGAGAGACUAGAGGAGGAGAAGAGGAAGCUAGAGGAUGAGGUGGAGGAUGCGACUGAGAGGCUGAACGAGGAGCUGGAAACCCGCAGGAAGACUUCCGACAAGCUGACCCACGAGCGCCACCAGAACCAGAAGGAGAAGGAACACACGCAGGAGCUGAUUGAGGACCUGCGGAAGCAGCUGGAGCACCUGCAGCUAUACAAGCUGGAGGCGGAAGCCAGGAGGGGGCGCUCUCCCAGCGCCGGGCUGCAGGAGUACCAGAGCCGCACCCGCGAGGCCGAGCUGGAGCAGGAGAUCCGACGCCUUAAGCAAGACAACCGCAGUCUGAAGGAGCAGAACGACGAGCUGAACGGCCAGAUCAUCAACCUGAGCAUCCAGGGAGCCAAGAAUCUGGUGACGGCCUCCUUCUCCGAGUCGCUGGCGGCCGAGAUCAACUCUGUGUCCCGGGGAGAGUUGAUGGAGGCCAUCCGCAAGCAGGAGGACGUCAACUUCCGACUACAGGACUACAUCGACCGCAUCAUCGUGGCCAUCAUGGAGUCCAACCCCUCCAUGCUGGAGGUCAAGUACUAGAGACGGCCAUCUUGGAACAGGGCAGCCUGGCGGCCUCUCCGCCUCACUGGACUGCCAUACUGAGAGAGACUGGCUAAACACUUAGACUGGCUACUGAGACUGACCACAAAUAUGUGUGUGUAUGUAUGCAUGUAUGUAUGUGUGUGUGUGUGUGUGUGUGUGUGUGUAUAUAUGUGUGUG